UUACUGAAUAUUUAGGUAAAUAUUGUUAAAAUUUCCACCUUAGACAUUGUUAACUACAUAAACAUAAGGUUUUCUAGAUAAAAUAGGUGAAUCAUAACUAUUUAGAAAAAAUGUCUAGUACAAGUGUUGAAAAUAUAGGCGCAGAUUUUCAAGAAUAUGACGGAUCAGGUAAUAUGUGUUUGGAGUUGGCAUUAGAAGGUGAACGUCUCUGCAAGGCAGGAGAUUGUAAAGCAGGAGUGGCUUUUUUCCAAGCUGCUAUUCAAGCUGGUACAGACGAUUUGAGAACCCUUAGUGCCAUUUACAGUCAGCUGGGAAAUGCCUAUUUUUAUUUGGGAGACUAUGGAAAGGCUAUGCAGUAUCAUAAACAUGACCUAACUUUAGCAAGGACCAUGGGAGAUAAACUAGGGGAAGCCAAAUCUUCUGGUAACUUAGGUAAUACCUUGAAAGUCAUGGGUAGAUUUGACGAAGCUGUUGUAUGCUGCAAGAGACAUCUGGAACUAUCAAGGGAACUAGGUGACAAACUAAGUGAAGGCAGAGCUUUGUACAAUUUAGGAAAUGUGUAUCAUGCGAAAGGAAAGCAUAUAGGUAGAGUUGGGAAUAAGGAUCCCGGCGAUUUUCCUGAAGAUGUCAAAGGAUGUUUACUCCAAGCUGUAACAUAUUACGAAGAGAAUCUAACAUUAAUGCAAGAUCUAGGCGACAUUGCGGCGCAAGGGCGCGCGUGUGGAAAUUUGGGCAAUACGUUUUAUCUACUAGGCGAUUUCGCCCAGGCGAUUAGGUACCACGAAGAACGACUGUCGAUAGCUAGACAAUUCGGAGACAAAGCUGCCGAGAGAAGAGCACAUAGCAACUUGGGAAAUUCGCAUAUAUUUAUGGGACAAUUCGAAGAAGCUGCUCACCAUUACAAGAGAACACUUUCCUUGGCCCAGGAACUUUGCGACCAAGCCAUCGAAGCUCAAGCGUGCUACAGCUUAGGAAACACUUACACUUUGUUAAGAAACUACGAUGCUGCGAUAGAAUAUCAUCUGAGACAUCUCCUGAUCGCUCAGAAUUUAUCAGACAAAGUUGGAGAGGGUAGAGCGUGUUGGUCUCUCGGUAACGCUUAUGCGUCGCUAGGAAAUCACGAUAAAGCCCUUAGUUUUGCCAAGAAACAUCUAGAAAUAAGUAAAGAGUUGGGUGAUUCAAUGGGCGAAGCUACGGCAAAAAUGAACAUCGCUGAUCUGAAAAAGAUACUGGAUAUACCCGAAAGUCCCACCGACGAUUCGGACAUGACGAAGUCAGACAGCUCUAACAAUGUAGGUCAUUCGCAAUUACAUAGGGUGAGACGUGAAAGCAUGGAACAGCUUAGCCUGAUUAAGUUGACUCCAGAUGGAAAACGUCCAGGUCUCUCUUUACCACAGAAAAAUUCUCUAGCCUCCAUUAAAGCAACGGGCGGUGAAGAAGACGACUCAUUCUUCGAUCUGCUCUCGCGAUUUCAGUCGAAGAGAAUGGACGAUCAACGGUGCUCGCUUACCAUCGACAACAAGGAAAAUAGGAACACGAAUAACAUUCCAUACAACAACGAAACUCCAGAGGACCUCAUCGACAUGAUAGCCGGUAUGCAGAGCAAGCGAAUGGACGAACAGAGAGUAUCACUGCCUCAUUUACCAGGUUUACAAUCUAACUCCCGCCAAAGACUCUCCGAACCGAACCGUUCGAAUAGCGUCAACAGUGUGCCUGACGAUAACUUCUUAGAUCAAUUGGUGCGAUGCCAAGGUUCGCGUUUAGAAGACCAGAGAUCUCCACUGCCAGUUGCAGCGGUCGACGCCGAAACGGACCCGCCACCUCCCGCUAGCAACAGCAAAAGCGGAGCCACAGUUCCCGACGAGGAUUUCUUCUCGCUGAUUAUGAGAUUCCAGUCGGGUAGAAUGGAUGACCAAAGAGCGUCGGUGCCACGAAGAGAAACAAGAAUGGCGAAUGGUAGCGUUCCACAUCCCCCUCCAGAUAACGUAAAUAACAAUGUAAGAAGCUCUUCCGGGAAAAAGAAAAAGUAAUGCGAAAGAUCGAUGGUUUUAGCUAGUUUUUUCAAUAAUUCAAAUUUCUACUUAUAGGAGAAGAAUAUAGAAUUUUCUGGACUGACAUUUAAAAAGUUUUCACUAGAUUUUAAGGAAACAUUCCGGUUUUUAACAGAGAUUUAAUCAUUUGAAUAUUGGAAAUGCUCUAACUAGAUACAACUUAAUACAAUUGAGAAUUACUUUCUUUUCAAAAGUGCCAAAAUAUUUUAUAA